CUUGGGACGCUCUUGAGUAUCAUGAGGAAUGGCGUGUUUAUAAAUACCCAAUGAACAAGGGGAAGCUUACAACGGCACUUUAUAAACAACUUGACUGGUUCAAAAAUGAGGGCUCAGAAGAAGAAAAGAAAUCUGCAGAAAGGAUGUUGAAUCAAUUUAAGGUGAGGCCACGCUUUUGCGAGUUAUAUGACGGUUGUGGCAGGAAGCAUGGGGGACUACGGUUCCUGCCCAUGUAUGGACUACGGUUCCACCCUGUUGCAAAGCAAACCACUAGACUACGGCUCUUGAGUGGCGAUGGACUACGGUUCCGCCGAAAUCCUUUCAUGAACUUACAGGAGUGUAUUGAUGGAUGUAUUCACGAUUUUUGGAUUAAAGCGAUGGCUGAGAGACAAGCGAGCUUAAAAGAGUUAAAGGUUGAUGCAGAAGUUCGUGGAUUGAAGGCAGAGCAACGUUUAACAAUCGCUACUGUUGCAACAAAACAAGUGGAAGAGUAUGCCCUAUCUACAACUCUUGAUGUUCAUACAGAGCAGAGAAUUGAGAAAAGACCUUUAUACACUGAACCAACAACCGAUGAUGAAGAAUUUGAUGAAGAAUCCAUGUUCUUUGAACCUUCUAAUAUAACAAAAAUCCAAGAGAUAGUCGCGGAAACAAUCGAAAGAACUAUUGAUGAUGGUUGGGAAGUUAAACUAUUGAAGUGGCAACAACAUGCCCUUAAACAAUUAAUUAACGGAGUUCAGUAUCCAUCAGAGCAAAGUAUCUAUAACAUACUUUGUGCUUCAUCAAUCUUUUACUUUCAACAAGAAAGGAGGCCAACAUACACUGGUUUUCUAACGACAAAUGAAAUCGCUGAUAUUCGAUCACAUGUCUUAUCAAAAUUCGAAAUAAUAGAAAUUCCAGAUAGAGUUAAGGAGUAUGUAAAAGAAAACAAGAAG